AUGGCGCCGUCGUCCAAGCUCGCCGCCCUCUUCUUCGCCUUCGCCGUCGUGGCGGCGGCGGCGCUGGCACCGGCCGCAGAAGCGAGGGUCCAAGGGUUCAACCAUGAAGCGGCGUCCGAGCCUGCCAUUGCCGCAGCCGGGGAGUCCAAAGCUGCCACCGGAGGAGGAGCGCCGACAUUGCCGGGAUUACCCGGCUUGCCGUUCCCGCUCUUCCCGUUCCUCACGCUCCCGUUCCCGCUGAUCCCCAUCGGCGGCUCUUCUGGCGGCGGCGGCGCCGCUCCGCCUUCGGCUGGCUCUGGCUUCCGGUUCCCGUUCCCGCUCCCGCUGCCGUUCCCUGCGCCCGCCUCGCCGGGCGGCGCUCCGCCGUCGUCUGGGUCCGGCUUCCCGGCGUUCCCGUUCCCGUUCCCCAGCUCGCCGGUCUCGCCACCGUCUCAAGCAUCACCCGCCUCGCCGGCGGCACCGGCGCCGCCAUCGCCGCCGCAGCCAAAGGAGUGCUUGACGCCGCUGUUGUCGAUGAUGUCGUGCGCGGACUACCUGACGAACAGCAGCGCGCAGACGCCGCCGGGCACCUGCUGCGAGGGGUUCAAGUCGCUGGUGAGCACGGCGCCCAUCUGCCUGUGCCACGGCAUCAAUGGCGACCUGAGCAAGUUCCUCCCGCUCCCCGUCGACAUGAUGAAGAUGAUGACGCUCCCCAACACCUGCGGCGCCACGGUCCCACUUCAGACGUUCUCCAUGUGCAACACGCCCUCGGUGCCUCCAUUGAUGCCUCAGAGCCCAUCUGCUGCUGCUCCAGCGCCUGGUGUGUCACCGUAG